AUGUUUCGACUCGACGGCAAAGUCGCCCUCGUCAUAGGGCUCGGCCAGUCUGGCUCCGAGGGCUGGGGCAUCGGCGCCGCAUGUGCCGUCUCCUUCGCCCGCCAGGGCGCAACCAUAUUCGGUGGCAACCGUACGCUCGCCUCGGCGCAGCGUACAAAAGAAGCAGUCGAGGAGGCCUCCCAAGGACGGGAAUGUACCGUGCUCGAGACCGACGCCACCAACUCAGUAUCCGUCAAGGCCCUGGUGGACGCAUGCAUCGCGCAGCACGGCCGUAUCGACAUCCUCGUCACCAACGUCGGGCAGUCGCAGCCCGGCACCGCAGCGACCAUGGCCGAGGACGUAUGGGACGCGCAGCUGAGCAUCAACCUGACGAGCGCGUACCUUGCGUGCCACCAUGUCCUGCCUGUCAUGGAGGCCCAGCAAACCGGCGGCUCCAUCAUCUGCGUGUCCAGCAUCGCCGGCCUACGCUACAUCGGCAAGGACCAGAUUGCCUAUAACACGGCCAAGGCGGCGCUCCUGCAGUUCGUGCGCGCGACGGCCGUGUCGUAUGCCGCCCGCGGGGUGCGCCUCAACGCCGUGGUGCCGGGCCUCAUGGACACGCCAUACAUACGUGCCCUGGCGGACCGAUUCGCCGUCGAGGGCGGCUACGAGGCGUUUCGCAAGACGCGCGACGCGCAGGUGCCCAUGGGGAGGAUGGGGGAUGCGUGGGAUGUGGCUAACGCUGUCGUAUUCCUGGCGUCAGAUGAGGCGCGGUACGUGACGGGGCAGAAGCUGGUCGUCGAUGGCGGCAUCACAGGCUCGACGGGGAGGACUUGA